UUUAAUUACAUGAAUGACAAAAAACGCGAGAAAUAUGUUGUUAUCAUUUGCCACUUUGGUACAGUAAAUCUUUACAAGGGAAAGCGUGGAGUGGCCAACAGUUUUGAUCUAAGUAGGCUUUUUAUUGAUAACGCUGACAUUGAAGAAAUUUCUUCUUUCAGAGAGAGGUAUGUUGCCAAAGUUUCAUCUUCUUCCUCAUCGAAUGACAAUGGUGGUUCUUAUCUUAUUUCAACGGUGGAAGAUGAGUUCCUCAAUAAAGGAGAUUUCAUGCUCAUUGGUUUACUUGGAACAGUAUUAGAGAAAAAGAAGGUGUUGGUUAUUGGCACAGUCACGGCCAUAUGUACGGAUAAGCUUUGGUAUUACAAUGGUUGUAACCACUGCAAAUCACGUGUCGAGGAUAGAUUUGUAACCAAAGAGGGUGAUGACGGUUCAUGUGAUGCUGGUGAAACAAAGGGUUUGGUUUGCACCAACAACGAAUGUCAAGGAGUGGACAUUUAUGCAAUUCCGCGUUUCAAGAUACCUAUCAGGGUCCAAGAUUCAUCUGGUACUGUUUCAUUAACGCUGUUUGAUUAUGAAGCUUUCAAAAUAUUUAAGAAAUCUGCAAAAGACUUACUUGCUGUCCAAGAUCAGGUUGUUAAUUCCGGUGAGAUACCCAAUCCCUAUCCUGAGUUAUUUGACACGUUGGUUGGAAAGAAAUAUGCGUUUGUCAUAAAUAUUAGCGACUAUAACAUUGAAUAUCAAGUCGAGAAUUACGGUAUUGCAAUGGCAACAAACGAUGAUGAUAUUAUUGCUGCUCUCUAUUCCAAAUUCAACAUUAACCAGCAUGAGCAGUCGGAAUCGUAUGGUGUUCCGUUGUCCGCCAAUCUGUCUAAUGCUUGUGAGGUUACUAAGGAUGAUGCUUCAUUCACCGGUGACAAUGUUACGCCUAUCUCCAAUGUAGAUGGAAGCAGUAAGAAGGCGUCUUCUUGUGAAGUAAAACGCAAUCUAGGUGAAGUUUAUGAAGUAGAUGAUGCAUUACGUUGUUCUUCUACAAAGCGCCGCAUGAGUGAUGAGAUUGUCGAAGAUGAAGUUGUUGGUCUUUCUAAGACAUUGAUUCCGAAGACUGAGAAAUAAUUUCCUACAUUUUUAUAAACAAUAUUUGUGUUUGGUUUUUAUUAUGGUUUGUGUUUGAACACGUGGUUUUGCGUUUAUUAUGGAUUUUGAAUUGUUUGAUUUUAUAUGUGGGAUAAUCCUUGAAUGGUUUUUUAUUUGAUUUGAUUGUCGUAUUUUCUUUCAAAUCAUUGUUUUUGUUUUCUUA